GCAAAUGAUGUUGAAGACUAUUGUGAAUCAUAUAUUGAAAGUUAUGCAAAUAGUACCAUUAGAGGUAGCAAAGCAUCCUGUGGGUCUUCAAGAACUAGUAGAAGACUUUGAAAUGAUUGCAAACAAAUGUGCAGAAAUUCAAUCCGGAGUUCAAAUUGUAGGAGUUUGGGGUAUGGGUGGUUCUGGAAAAACUACUCUGGCAAAGGAAUUAUAUAAUCAGAAAUAUUUAUCUGUAGAAAAGUUCAGCAUCAUUUUCGAUAUUAGAGAUGCUGCAGCUAAAAAUGAAUUAUAUAAAAAACAGAUAGAACUCCUCCGGGACAUUGGUUUCCAGGGUGAAGUAUUUGAAAAUAUAGAAAAAGGCAAGAGCAUUCUUUCAAAUCAUUUAAAAUCUAAUCGGGUGCUCAUCAUUCUAGAUGAUGUGGAUCAUAUAGAUCAACUCGAUGCUCUGUUGCCCACAAAGAAUAACCUCGGAUUGGGGAGUUUAAUCAUUGUCACAACAAGGGAGAAGGAUGUCCUCCGAUGUUGGGGUGUUUGUUCCAUUUAUAAAAUGAAAGAAAUGAAUUUGUCAAAUGCUAAGCAGCUUUUUUGCUGGCAUGCGUUUUUGCAUUCCUUUCCACGGUUGAGGUUUGAGAAACUUGUUGAAAAGUUCUUGAGUGUCUGUAAUGGGCUACCUUUAUCUUUGAAGGUACUUGGAGGCCAACUUUAUGGCUGCUCUGACAAAGAUGUAUGGAGGGAUCUACUGAAUAAGAUCUCUAAAAUAUUGCCUUUAGAUAUAAAAACUUGCCUAAGAGUGAGCUAUGAAGCUUUAGAUGUUCAAGAGAAACAGAUAUUCUUAGACGUAGCUUGUUUUCUUAUUGGAAAAGACAACAGAAGCGCCAUUGCAGUAUGGGAGGAAUCGGGCUGGAAUGGUCUAUAUGGUUGGAAUAGACUUGUAAAUAAGUGUCUUGUUGACUUAGAUGAUGCCAAUCGCAUAACAAUGCACGAUCACUUGAGAGAUUUAGGAAGGGAAAUAGCAAAUACUCAGUCACCCUUCCGUCUAUGGUCCCCAGAUCAGAUUACGGGCAUUCAGAAGUUACUGGAGGAAAGAGUCCAGAUUCGAGGAAUGAUAUUGAAUGCAGAAACCAAUGAUGCUCACAAAUUUCCUAGUUUCCUGGUCAAUGUGAGCACAGGGCUUUCAAGGUUUCGGUGGUGGCACCGAAGACCUCUUUUCCGCCUUGGAUUAAAGAUUUUAGUCGUAAGAGAAAAGUAUCUGAAUAAAUACACAUACAAAUUAUCAAAGGAACUGGCUUGGUUUAGCUGUGCUAAAUUUGAUGAUAAAUAUCUUCCAUCAGGGCUACCAUUAAGAAAUCUAAGAGUUUUAGAGCUUGAGAACUCUGACAACUUAAGAGAAUUGUGGAAGAAUGGCGCUGAGGCUCCGGUGCAGUUACGAGAGUUGAGCAUUUGUGGCUGCCGGAGAUUCGAAACAUUUCCAAAAUCACUAGGACUACUGGGGCAUUUGAGAAAGAUAGUUGUGGAUCAUAGCAUCAAACUGAGGAGUCUGCCUGACGAGUUUUGCCUUCUAAAAUCACUAGAGCACUUGCAGCUAAGUAAUUGUGACAUGCUGUCAUCACUGCCUAACAAUUUUGGUGAUUUUACAAACCUACAGCAUUUAGAUUUGUCCUCUUGCAUGUUGACGAAGGUGCCGAUUUCAUUUAAGCAGCUGAGGCUUCUGCAGCAUCUCAGUAUAGACCGCUGUUAUAAGCUCACCUUAGAGUCAGACAUCCUGGAAUACAUAACAAAGCUCGAGUAUUUGAAUUUGUCAAUGCUUCCAGAAUUGAAAUGUUUGCCUCAAAACAUCACAAAUCAGGUGUCUUUGAGAGAGCUCUGCAUAAAAGAUACUGGUAUAAGGGCGCUCCCAUCUAACAUUGGUCAACUCAGCAAGUUGAGAGUAAUAAAGAUAGGUUCAUGUAAGAUUCAAUUUCUACCAGAGUCUAUGUGGCGUUUGAAUCUUUUAGAGCGUUUGGAAUUACAGGGUUUGAAAGUGCAAUAUUUACCAAAUUCACUCACACAACUGAUUAAUCUGCAUAUUAUUAAAAUAUCCAAUUGCCCAAUCAAUGUAAUUCCUUUUGGGCGGAAGUUGUUUUCUUCAUCAUUUUGCAAACUGAAGCAAAUAAAUUUAGCCUGGACAAGAGUUUCAAAGGUUUUCAUUUCCACAGAGUGUUGUCCUAACCUUCUAACACUAAAGCUUACACAUAGCGAGCAAUUAAGGAAGGUCCAGACUCUGCCAACAGCACUGAAGUUCAUAGAGGUGGAAUGCUGUAAAAUACUCAGAAACAUAAAGGGUAUUGCUGGUUUGUCAAACCUGCAAACACUGAAGAUAGAAGACUGUCCAGAGCUAGAAGCGAUUCCAGGUUUGUCAAAAUUAACAUCUCUAAGAAAAAUUGAGUUGAAAGAGUGCCACAAACUUUCAAAGAUAGGAAGGUUACCGCACUGCGGACUAUUGGAGGCACUAUUGAUAAGUGAGUGUCCAGAGUUACAUUCCCUACCAAGUUUUGCAGGCUUGGUUUUUCUCGGAGUAUUUGAAUUGAAAGGUCGUAACAAAGUAGAGAAGAUAGAAGGUUUACAACACUGCAAAUCAUUGGAGAUGCUGGUGCUAGAAUAUAGCUGCUGCGAGGUGCCGGUAAUGGAAAGUAAUUUAGAGCAUGCGCAAAGAUUAAAGCUCGUGCAACUAGUGGUAAAGAAGAGAUCAGCCAUUGAACCUUUCAUUACGACAAUACAGAAAUGGCCAGCAGAUAUAAUUAUAUGUACAGCGGCAGGCGCUGAUGCGAGGACAAUUUUAAAUUCGUUGGCCUUUCCCAAUCUGUCUGUCGUUCAGUCAUUUGGUAAGUCCAAAUAUGCAGCGGUAGGCAAUCUUUCUACUACCAGCUCUCUUCUGCUAUGUUUGCUUAUAAACUGUAGCUUUCCUCGCAUGUCCCUCCGUGUAGUUGUGAAUUGUCACGAGGAGUCUGUAAUAUGGUUGGACGAGGGCAAAGCUAUAGUGAUAGCUGUGUUUACACAACAUUCAAGAUCCCUCAAUUCUCUGUAUUUUAACAUAAGACGAGAGGUCCAAUCCGACAGGGUAGAUAUUGAAGAUAAUGAAAGAAAUGGAGUCACGGAAGUGGAGAAAGGAUUUCUUGUGAGCGGGGAAGAAAAUAGCAUCGUGGAGGCUUUCCAACGCUUAUUUGCGCUUCUAGGAAAUUGAUGGUUAACUGUACUCACAGUAAACUCUGCCGUUGUUGAUUAUAAUCAACCGUACUCACGGUAAAUUCUGCUGUUGUUGGUUUUAAUCAACUGUACUCACAGUAAAAUCUGCUAUUGUUGAUUAUAAGCUUCAGAAG